AUGGGUAAAAAAUGUUUAGUGGCUUUGGAUGGAUCGAAACAUUCAAAUAAUGCAUUGGUUUGGACUCUUGAGAAUUUGAUUCAGCUUAAUGACAAUAACAAUGACGAAGAUACAUUAAUGUUGUUAAGUGUUGGUGUUUUGUAUAAUGAUAAUGAAAUAUCAUCGUUUGAAUAUUCUGCUGAAAUUUAUUAA